AAAACCAUUGGAUGUAAUAAAAGAUGUUAAGACACGUUGGAAUUCUACUCUUUAUGCUAUUCAACGUUUAAUGCUAUUGCAGCCAUCUAUCAAUCAUCUUUGUAGUACUCUUUUAAAUAAUGCUUCAACGGAUAUUCGAAAAAAAGGAGAAAAAUUAAAAAAUCAUAUACUUUCAGAAGAAGAGUUUGACCUAUGUAAUGAACUUAUUAUUAUUUUAAGACCAUUUGAUGAAGCAACGGAAAUAUUGGGAGGUUCAAAAUAUCCAACUUUAGGUAUUAUAACUCCAACAAUUGAAGAACUUAAGUAA